UUCCCCGGCUAGGUUUCGUUUCCCCGGGAGCCUCUGGGCAGUCGCUCGGCGCUCCGGAUCCCGUGCCGUCCCCAGGAGCGCCAUGGCGGAGCUGCUGCCCUUAGCCGAAGAGCUGUCGUGCUCCAUCUGCCUGGAGCCCUUCAAGGAGCCGGUCACCACCCCGUGCGGCCACAACUUCUGCCGCUCGUGCCUGGACGACACAUGGGCCGUCCAGGGCCCGCCGUUCCGCUGUCCUCAGUGCCGCACCAGCUACCAGGUGCGCCCGCAGCUGCACAAGAACACGGUGCUGUGCUCCGUGGUCGAGCGGCUCGCGAUAGUGGAGCAGGACCAGGCCCGGGCGCCCGGCGACGGCUGGACGCCGCCCGUGCGCAGCGCGGCCCCCAGCACGGUCGCCCAGGUGGCCUGCGACCACUGCCUGAAGGAGCCCGCCGUGAAGACGUGCUUCGUGUGCACGGCCUCCUUCUGCCAGGAGCACCUGCGGCCGCACCUCGACAGCCCCGCCUUCCGGGACCACCCGCUGCAGCCGCCCGUGCGCGACCUGCAGCGCCGCAAGUGUCCCCAGCACAACCGCCUGCGGGACUUCUUCUGCCCGGAGCACGGCGAGUGCAUCUGUCACGUCUGCGUGAUAGAGCACAAGACCUGCUCGCCCAUGUCCCUGAGUCAGGCCAGCGCUGACCUGGAGAACAAGCUGAGGUACAAACUCACCAUCAUGUACAGUCAGAUCAACGGGGCGUCGAAAGCGCUAGAGGAUGUGCAAGCCAGGCAGCAGGGUGUGCAGGAGGCUACAAACAGGAAGAUAGAGCAGCUGCGACAAGAAUACCUGGAAAUCAAGGCUCUCAUCGAUGCCUCGGAGGCCAGCUCGACUCGAAAGAUAAAGGAAGAGGAGAAGAGAGUGCACGGCAAGUUGGACACCAUUCAUCAGGUGCUCCUCAAGAAGAAGAGUGAGAUCCAGGCCCUGAAGGAGAAGAUCGAGGACGGCCUCAAGGAAGGGGACGAGUUUGAGUUUCUGGAGAAAGCGUCAAAACUGCAAGGAAUCGUGACGAAGCCAGUGUACGUCCCCAACGUGGAGCUGAAUCAUGAGCUGAUACAUUGCGUCUACCAGGGCACCUUGGACCUCAAAAAUGAGCUGAAGCGGGCUACCAGGCAGCUCCAGGAGAAGAAGCCCAAGGAGGCCCCAGGCCCAGGUGGCUCUGGAGACCAUCCAACACAGGGAAAGAUCAAACCCUCACACCCUGGGAAGAAGGUGUCAUAUGAAAAGAAACCCAAGAACCCUUCAGCUGACGCUGUCCCUCCAUCUCCUGCCCCUUGCCCACCUGCCAAGAUUCCCAUCUUCGGAGCCCCAGGACAAUUUGUGAGUUUGAAGCCAGCUGACGCAGAGGCUGCAGCCAAAGCUGCCCUCUCAGCAGCGAGCUCGGCAGCUGUCAAGGCCACCGAGCUGAAGGCCUUCUUGGACAAGUCCAGACCCGAGCUCCUGGAGUAUUCUACGAAAGUCAUCCUGGACUACAACACUGCCCACAACAAGGUGGCUCUGUCAGAGAAGUAUACCGUGGCUUCCGUGGCUGAGGAGUCUCAGAACUACCGGCCACAUCCCCAGCGGUUCACAUACUGCUCUCAGGUGCUGGGCCUGCACUGCUACAAGAAAGGGGUGCACUACUGGGAGGUGAAGCUGCAGAAGAACAACUUCUGUGGGGUAGGUGUCUGCUACGGCAGCAUGGGACGGCAGGGCCCCCACAGCCGGCUUGGUCGCAACAGUGCCUCCUGGUGUGUGGAGUGGUUCAACACCAAGAUCUCAGCCUGGCAUGACAACGUGGAGAAAACUCUGCCCUCCACCAAGGCCAUGCAGGUCGGCGUGCUUCUCAACUGUGACCACGGCUUUGUCAUCUUCUUUGCCAUUGCCGAGAAGGUCCACCUGUUGUAUAAGUUCAAGGUGGACUUUACCGAAGCCGUGUACCCAGCCUUCUGGGUGUUCUCCACGGGUGCCACGCUCUCUAUCUGCUUCUAGUGGGCAGCCCGGGGACCUUCUGGCUGACUGCCUGUGAGGCGUCCAGGACUCAGAUGAAAAUGCUGCAUGGGGGAUGCUCCUCAGAGAACUUUCCAGAGAGUCCCCAAGGCUGGAAGGACCGGAGGAGUUGGGGGGCGGGAGGGGAGGUGGGAUGUGGAGGGAUUUGGCCAGGGAAGGAGGUGGGGGUCCCUGUGUUGUGAAGAGAGAUUUCUUUCUCCUAUACCCCCUGGGGCAUGGUGACCUCUUUCCUACUGCUCCUGCUGUUCUCCAGGCUCUGGGCCGAGCUCUGGGGAGGAGUCAUGGUGCCCCUGUCUUCUUAGAAGUCUGUGUCUGUUGCAGGCUCUUUCCCAGGCUCCUUGGUCUGUGGCUCUUGGAUCUCUGGGGUAGGGUUCAGAUCUUCGUGUUUUCAUGACUGUUCAGAGUUUCAGUUCCAGACUCGUUGAUUCCCGAUGUGCUGUACCCCCUGUAGCUCCUGUUGGUGCCCGGUCUCCUGGUUAUUGUCUGUGUUCUAGGGACACCGUCCACAGCAGGUCUCCUCCCAGACCAGAGCUGCCCAGAGAAGUGUAGCCUCUUCCUUCACUGGAAAAUGGCUCACGCUGUUGCUCCCAGGACCCCACUGAUGGUUUUGAGAUGCCCAAUUGAACCAACACCUUAUGAAUGAAGAUUUCAAACUAAGAUCUGAGUCAGGCCUGUCUGGAAUUCGUGGUUCAAAGUCAAGAUGACCCACUCCUAAAUGUUACAAGAGGCGUCUUGCUGCUGCCCUGCAACCUUCACUGAGCCUUGCUUCUUGUAGCCUAGGGCGAGGCGCUCUGCCCAGUAAGAGUGGCCCUGGCCUGGGUCAGCACAGGACAGGCAGCCUUGCUCUCGGCACGGUGUCUCCCCUUCUCACUGACGCCUCUCCCAAGCAGUAGAACCCCCGACCCCUGACCGUAGAUACUGGACUGACUGGUGUCGAUCCCACCUUGGCUAGCACCCAGCUGCUGCAGACAGGCUGUGGGUGGCUGCCACAGGGACCGUACUAGGACGGCCACUGCGGUGACUUGCCUGUGGUGGCCCAAAGGGCCUCGCUGCAGACGCCGUGGGAAACAGCAACAUUCCUGCUCCUCCCUGGUGACAGACUGCAAACCCAGCGCUGGCCUUUGCAUGAGUCAGAGGCCUGUUGCGGCCCUGGCCCCUUCUGUCUUCCUCCUUUGAGCAGGAUAGAGGUCUGGAAGACACGGGCCAGGGAGGGAAUGAGCCGAAUAGGGUCAAACUGGUGGCUGUUUUCCCUGCAGAGUUUCUGUGCGGUGAAAAUGACCCAUCUGUCAAGGGAUAGGAGUGAGUGGACUGCUGCAAUUUUCUCAAGCUCCUCAGAGCCUGCCAUUGUCAGGAUGCACGUUCCCAUCCUGACAAGUGAGAAAUUGAAUCUCUGGUGACAUGAGUCCAGUUCUGGGCUUUCCUAAGAGGAGGGCUCUGGUCGGGCUUCUUAGGAUAUGCAAAUAGGUCACCACUGGGGAAGAAGACACCCCAGAUCUUUUCUUGAGGAUAUUUGAAAAUGUGACACAUCUCCAGCCUCUUGUUGGAAUCCCAGGGCUCAGAGCACGUGGUGUUCCUGACAGACGUCUGGUCUGUGUCGUCUCCCCGACAAGGACUUUGAGUUCCUUGGAAGAGAGAAUCUUUGUAGGGAACACAUCCCUACAAUGGCUGAUACGUAGCCCUGAAAGUUUUUUUCUUCUAUUGCUUCUUGGAAGAAAAGAUCUUUGCUGAUCCUUGUCUGCGUUUGAAAAGGGUCCAUCCUUAUGGAUGUCCUGAAACAAAAGCCCUGUCGAGGCCCAUUCAUGCUUGGGUAGCAGCCCGGCUUCGAGUAGAAAGCCAGAGCUCUUAUCCACAGCUGCUGCUGUGGCUGAUCGUAGAGAAACGGAGGCAACAGGGCUGACUCUCCCCUGGCCAGCGUGCAGCUCAGAUUAGGAAAGCCGGGGUCCUUCUGCAGACCAAAGCUGAGCCCAGGGCACAAUGCUUUGGAGCUGUAAGUUCUGCCUGCAAUGGGGAGACCUUACCUCGGCCGGCCUCGCAGGGCCUCUGCGUGGUCCUCGGCUCCUGGAGCUGGAGGACUGAAUCCACCUGGGUCCCCAUCUCACAGAGUAAGUCACGCGAGAGUCACUGUUCCACUCUCGUCAUUUCGACAGGGAGUGGACGCUUCCUAGCAUAAGGCAAAACCCUGGUACCAGAAAUAUCUGGAAACACAAGAUACUGUCCUGGGACUAGGGACUGAUCCAGUAUAGCAGGUCUGAUUCGAGACUGGUUGGUCGAUGAUUCCUGCCAUAAUUACUCUGAAGUUGAUCUGUGAUCUGUGACUAUAAUACUGAUAUAUUCUCUUUUGCCUCGUUUCCCUUCUCACUAUGGAUUUUAAUGAAGCAGGAGUAUUUGAGCUAUAAUUUCUAGAGCUUAUUUUAUUUAGAAUUGAUUUUCUUACGGAAAUAAUCACAGUUAGAGACAGGGCCAAGGUUGGCUGCUGGGCCUUAGAAGACCUGAGUGCAACCAAGCAGUGUGUGACACCCGUUCUGGCAUCACAGUGCAGGUGGAAAGUGUUACCUGUCCAUCAUGCUGGGGACAACAGGUGAGCAUCAGAAGGCCAGGGGCCCCACCCAGCCACUCCCUGGGCUGCAGAUUGGUCCACGUGACGCAGGCCAUGGAUGCAGCACCCCCUGGGGAGCGUCCCACGAAGUUUUCUCAGACUGGUAGGUGAGGCACAUGCAGGGGGUCAGGGGACAGUGAUGGGAAGGAAAGGUUCAUUGUGUUUUUUCUUUUUUUUAUUUGACAGGCAGAGUUAGACAGUGAGAGAGAGACAGAGAGACAGAAAGGUCUUCCUUCCGUUGGUUCAGCCCCCAAAUGGCCACUACGGCCGUUGCUGCACCGAUCCGAAGCCAGGAGCCAGGUGCUUCCUCCUGGUCUCCCAUGCAGGUGCAGGGCCCAAGCACUUGGGCCAUCCUCCACUGCCUUCCCAGGCCACAGUGGAGAGUUGGACUGGAAGAGGAGCAACCGGGACUAAAAUCCAGCGCCCAUAUGGGAUGCCGGUGCCACAUGUGGAGGAUUAACCAAGUGAGACAUGGCCCUAGCCCCUCCUUGUAUUUUUUCUACUCUUGCAUAAUGUUUGAAAAUUUCUGGAGUGAAAAUUGGGAAGAAAAACAACCCAGGCCCCGUUUAGUGGAUUUUAUACCUGUCUGAACAAGGGUAGGAGUUGGAGGAGAUGUGGCUUUGAGGUCUGUGAAAGAACGCGGCUGAUCUUUGUCCCUCGUUCUUGAGGGAGACUAAGUCCUUGGGAUUUCCUGGGCUCUAAGAGUUCCUUUGUUAAACAUGAGCCCCUUGGACCAUACCCUGAGUUUGUGAAACACCAGCCACCUGUGAUGAGAGGCUGGGGCUUCGAGCCUCUCCUACCUCCAGGGAGGGCUUCUGGGAGGGGGCUAGGGGAUUGAGUUCAGUCACAUAGGCAACAAUGCAAUCAAUCCUGCCUACACAGUGAAAUCCCAGGACGUGGGGGCUCCGUGGUGCUUGCUGUUGUGAACACGUGGAGAUGCUAGAAGGGUGGCGGACCCUGAUUCUGCGAGGGUCUACAGAAGCUCUGUGUUCCAGACUUUUGUGUCCUGUGGAAUAAAACUGGCCUCCUGAGUACGGUGCUGUCCUGUGUCCUGUGACUCCUAGCAGAUGAUGACCUGAGGGAGGGCGCGGUGCCUCUGGGAUUGGUAGCAGAGGCAGCUGGCCUGGGCCCCAGAGGGGCCGUCUGAAGUAAGAGCAGUCUCGUUGGGGACUGUUCUUUGGCCAGUGGCAUCUGACCUAGCUCUGCAGGGUGAGUGGCACAGCACUGGUGUCACAACGGGUGGUGGUGGGCCUGAGCCUGCUGCUCUGAACUGGAGCCCCGCGAAUGCACACACACAGAGGUGUUCCCUCCCAUGGGAGGUCCCCAGCGUUCAGCUUCGGGGUUUUAUUCUCUGGGCCCCACCUUCUGCUGCAGCAGUUCCCUCCUCAUGGUCACUGUCAGGCAGAUAAUUAGACACGAGUGAUGGGGGAGAGCACAAGACCUCCCUCCAGGGCUGAAACCAAGGACCUGCCCUUGGCCAGAACCCACCCGACACUCCCCACUUUGCAUUUUAACUUGUGGUUAAAGUACCCUGAUGAAAUGGGAGCCCAGCUGGACUGGAAAAGCUCAGUUCGUAGCCACCUGUACAGAGAGCCCAAGGAGAGGCAGCUUCUGGAUGUUGGUCACCGAUGCCAGUCAAGAGCAUCCCAGCCACAUCACCAGCCCCUCAUACAUUAGAAAUAAAAGCCCCAGACAGGGAAGAAAAGGUGUCGCUGGCUCUCUCUGUUUCUUGGAACAUACUUUAAUAAGACCUGUUUUUGCUGUCCCUACUUUGAUCUCUGAACUAAAUUCAGUGAAAAAGGAUGGGGGAAGCUGGCUGUCUGUGGCAGAUAGUCCAGCCGUUCAGACACCCCGUUAGUGUCGUGGGACACACUUUUACGAAAUGUUCAGGACGGUCCCUUGUGACUUCUUAGGAAAGCCAAGCUGAG